CAAACCUGGCGGGUUGGUGGGCGGGCAUGAUGUCAAACUUAACCUGGGAGAAUGGACACUGGUAACUUGAUGUCUCUGAGUCGGUUUGACGGGCAGUCGAAGCUGCUGGUCCGGUCGCUUCUGUGUGGAGCCUCCGGUGCCAACAGAGCUCUGGGCGUCUUCCACAAGCAGCAGCGGGCCAACCCCGGAAAGUCGCUGUCUAACUUCAUAGAAACGCUGUGCCAAGACGAAAUAACUUGUCCCGAGACUGAAACACAGCCAUUAACAGUUAAACCCCUGGUGUGCCUGUUUCCUGCAUUAUUCAAAGAAAACCUGCUGUCCUUCAUCUAUCUGGUCUACCCAGCUCUUCCUCAGACCACUGUCCUCCAUCUGCUCAAAUGCCUAAGCCAGGAUCCUCAUCCAAGCCCCUGGGUCUCUGCUCUGGUCAGACUGCUGGAAAGAAACUUGGGGUCCCACAAUGAGGAGCCUCUCUACACUCCGCUGUGCAGCCAGAGACUCAAGGAGCUGUCGCAGCGUUUGGUUGGUUUUGGUGAAGCGGGAGGAUGGGCCAAGUGCUUCAGCGGUCAAACUGUAGAACCUGGGUCUCAGAGUACAUCUGCUUUAUCAGAGCUGGGGACACAGAGGAAGAGGAAGGGCAGCUUCAUCACUUUGGACUCAGAUGGCGAGGAAACUGGACAGCAACAUAAAAGGAUAAAGCUGGAUGUCUGUGGUAGUGAGCGCCUCGAUGCUGAAGAACAGAACGCCAAAGAAGAGAUAUCAGGAAGAUUAGAAAGUGAUGCUCCAGGAGAGACUCCUGCUGCUGAAGAACUGCAGCCAGCACCGGGCCGUCCGUGUGAUGUCCUGCCUGAGCAUAUAAAGGUCUCUAUUCUUCAUAUAAAGGAAUUACUUGAAAGUCAGACAGAGUGGGACCAGAACUCCAUGGAUGUGUUCAAAGUGCUGAACGAGUGUGAGCCUGGCCAAGUGGAGGUGUUAUGCAGCAUGCUGAGUUUGCCUGACUUGCCGGAGCAGACUCUGCCUAAACUGUGCAGCAGUAUUUUGGCUCCCUCUCCUGACCUCAGCUACAGCACAGCAACAACACUCAUCAAGAGCCUCCUGCUGGAAAAGGUGCUGUCUCUGUCAGAACCAGCCUCCAGAUGUCUAGUCACUGCCGUGACAUCGCUGUGCAGCCGCUGUCCCAGACCAAUGUGCCACGCUCUAAUUGGACCAGUUCUAGAGAAAAAGAACAUAGGGAAUCCACAGGCUGAGCUGCUGAACAGACUGAUAGAAGGCUGCCUGGAUUCCCAUUACAGACUACUGGUGCUUCAAAUGACAUUAAAAACAACAUGGAGUGAGGCAGUGCUUUCCAUUAUCCACAGCUUGCUAGACUCCAAGCUCGACUUGAGCGAAGAACUGUUUAAACAGUUCACCGAGCAGCUCGUGAGCCAGGGUCCUCAAUUCACAAAGUCUGUGAAGUUUGCAAAAAUGAUGCUGACAGUCCUCACCAAAUAUAGCAGUUAUGUGACUGCUGCCCACAAACACUCCUUGAACGGUUGCCUGGUGUUAAAUGAGACAUUCCUGAAAAGGUCUCUUCAAGCUGCUUUGAAAAGAAACACACACUCAUGACGUUUCUUCUGACCUAAUGAGCAUUAAUAAACCUGU